AUGGUUGAUGAAUCAGAUCUAGACCUGCCGAAGUCCGGCAUCAUAGCACUGCCCCAGUCAACAGUGAAGCGGAUCGGCUCGUCUCAGGUUCUUGUCGACCCAAGCUCCGUUGUGAAAGAACUUAUUGACAAUGCUCUCGAUGCUCGAGCUACAGCCAUUUUUGUGUUCGUAUCUGCCAACACAAUCGAUUGCAUCGAAGUAAAAGACAAUGGACAUGGUAUUCCCGCCGAAGACUGGCCAUUAGUAUGUCGACGCUACUGCACCAGCAAAAUCCGAGACUUUGAUGACUUGAAAGAAGUUGGAGGGAAGUGGUUGGGCUUUCGUGGGGAGGCGAUGGCUGGUAUAGCAGAGAUGAGCGGGACGCUUGGGAUCACGACGAGAGUCGAAGGCGAGUCCGUCGCAGUCCUUCUGAAAAUUGGACGAAGUGGUGAAAUUGAAUCUACCGAACGAGCCUCACGUCCAGUCGGUACAACUGUCAAGGUGACUAACUUUUUUAAGACUCUUCCAGUUAGAAAGCAAGCAGCUCUGAAGCAUUCCGCAAGAUGCCUAGCCCAGAUUAAGCGCAUGAUGCAGGCAUAUGCGUUCGCGAGACCGACUGUCCGCUUUUCCCUUCAGGUCCGGAAGGCAAAGACGGAUAAGGGUAACUGGGUGUACGCACCCAAACCCGGACUCAGUCCGGAAGAUGCUGCAUUAAAAGUUAUCGGCAGAGAAUGCGCCUCCCAAUGCAAUUGGACUGCCUUGGAAGUGGACGGUUUUGAGAUUCAAGCAUUCCUUCCCAGGCCGGAUGCAGCUGGAGCGAAAAUUGCCAAUGAAGGUGCAUUUAUCUCUAUCGACUCAAGGCCGGUAUCAACUAGUAGGGGUCUGAUGAGGCAGCUUGUGGCGGCUUUCAAGGAACGAUUACGCAAAGCAAAUCUAGCACUUGCUUCGACGAAGGAUCCAUUCAUAUGCAUGAAUAUCAAGUGUCCACCUGACAGCUAUGAUUCCAACAUUGAGCCUGCCAAAGACGACGUUCUUUUCGAGAAUGGAGAACUCGUUCUGGGUGUAGUAGACAAACUGCUCAGACUUCACUAU